AUGAUCUCAAACAUCCUCCGCCGACUCCAGGGCGGGAACCUGGAAGUUUUCAAGUUCGGCAUGUACGUCCUCUUCCCCAUUGGCUGGAUGUACUACUUCGGUACAAACCUCGACGACCGCUUCAACGUGACGAACUUCUGGCCCACCGCCGAACAAUCACAUAAGAUUCCGCUGGACAAGGAGGAGAUCGACAAGGAGCUGUCGCGCAUGCGCAUGGUGGACGCCCUCCGACGAGAGCGGCAGCAGAAGGAGCAGGCUGCAUUGGCAGCUCAGGCGCAGGCGGAUGCACAGCAGUCGCAGACCGGACAAUGA